AAAUCCCCAGCACAGUGCUUCCCGAUUUGUGUAUUCCAUUCUAUUGUGUUGCUAAGUGAUGCGUUCCAGAGUUCUUGACUGUUCUGUUACUGCCAGUGGUAUAACUGAAGCACCAUUGGCCUUUUUUACACAAUGGCCAAGACCCGUGUUUAUUAUGUGCAAUUUUGGACUCAGAUUUAUCAGUAUUUUGUGGGGCUGUAUCAGUGCCUCCAGAGAUUCUGGAGUGUCACUGUUAAGGGCCUUUUCAUUAAGAAAGAGGAAGAACAUAUCCCUCCAGCCGAGAGUAUUUUUCACAAAGAAAAAAUUGUGGUACUUGGUCAUAUGUUGAAGAACAAAUCUCUAGCCAUUGAGAAGAGGGCUCAAGCCGCCUAUAGAAUCGGACUGUUGACCUUCACAGGAGGACCAACUGCUGGGAAAUUUGCAGCUGAGUACAUGAAAGAAGUAGCUCACUUGCUGCAAAAUCACAAUAUGGCACCAAAAAUAAAAAUCCCGCUGCUCCAGAGUGUAGCAUGUUGGUGUUACUUAAACCCUGUCAACCAGAAAAGAGCAAAACAUCUGGAGUUUAUUCCCAUUCUCACUGGUAUUUUUGAUAACAGACUUGAGUCUACCAUCAAAAGUGAAAUCAACAAUCACCUCCUGGUUAAAUUUUGGACUUGCUACGUCCUCUCUGUCAUGACAUGCAAUAACUUGUCUUGCGUGCAGGAACUUAAAGACUGCAACACUUUAAAAUACCAUCUGCAGAUGUUGGCUAGUGAGAAUUGGUCUGGAUGGCCUGAGAAUUUUGCUGAGGUACUGUAUUUCCUAAUUGGUUUUCACAGGAAUUAACUUCUCUAAAUCCAGUUCCAUGACGCAGCUAUCUGCAACACUGGAAAAUUGAAAUAAAUAAUAAAAGUCAAUAUAUGAUUCUUCAGUGUUUUCUUUUAGGUAGCUGAAAACUUCCAUAUAAAUUUCCA